AUGGAAAUAACCUGGGCAGCCCCUCUGGCAAGCCCUGUCCCCAGCAUGUGUUCUGUUCUGCUCACACAAACCCAGAAAGAGGAGCCAGCCAGGGGACAGUAUGAAACGCACAUGCUGAGUGUGCAGAGCCAGGAACUCUGUUCCCUGCACGUGCUCCAGGCCCUGCCAAUGGUGCAUGACCAGUCACCAGCCAAGCAUGGCGCUGAGAACCGGAUCCCCUGCUGCUCCAGCAUCAGAUUUGGGACCCCCCCUCGCCCCAACCAGAGGGCAUCAGCGAUGCCUAGAAGGGGACCACAACAUACUCGACAGUAUCCACCGGUCUUGCCCAAGGCAGGAGGAAGGGCGGCACCCCCAAACUCCCAGGCCGCCUGCAGCACCCUCCCUGCACCCCCCUCCGCCUCUGGGGAGCAUCCUGCCACCGCCCCCCCCCCCCACCCCCACACCAGCCCUCCUUCUCACUCUUGGCCAGGCGCUCUGGAGACGUCUGAGAGCCAGGCUUUUCCUGAAGAGUCAGGAUUGGAAGGUUGGAAGGCGGUGAGGGCAUCAGGUUUUUUCUUCCCUUUUCUUCUAGCAAUUACGUCCCCGUGGCUAAAUUAAACUCCCAUCGGCUAAAUUAGGCCCAAAGGGAGAGGCACCUGCUGCUAAGCUGUGUGUGUUGU